AUAAAAUCUUAAAAAAAAAAAGAAAAGAAAAAUAGUGUCAUUUGGUUUUAUGCUUUGGGUCCCUUGGACAGAAAUCACAUUCAUAGGCAAGACUGUUGGCUACACGUGUUCCUUGGAAAUACUUCUAGUGCUCUUCUGGAAAAAAAAAAAUCAAAGUUGGUUGGAGCUGAAGGCAAAGGGAAAGAAUUACCUUUUCCUUUUUAAUGUGCUGUAAAGUAUGUGCUAAUGAUGUAAUUAAUAGUAUAUUAGAAUGUUAAUACAAUAAAUACAAAGUUAAUCCAUUUUGGAUUUCAUUGUAGCCUGUUGUCCUUGUUUGUGGAGUAAUGUGAUUGGGACUGAGUAAUUAACACCCUACAGAGGGAUUAGCCUCAAAGAUUGAGAUAAAGGCAAGAGGAGCGAAAAGGAGGAGCCUACAGGGCCGGAGCGCAGAGAGCUCUGAGCAUGGACGUCCUCCAUGAAGGUGAUGUUGCGCUUUCCCGACUGUGCUUACCGAUGUCCACAUCUGCUAGUGAUGAUCACCUGGGUUAUCUGGGUAAAACAUGAGGAAGGACGGAGUUUUGAGGUGACCCCCUUUUUCUCUGUACGCAGUUUGGGAUGAGGAAUGAUGUUCCCGCCAAGCCAGCCGCGCUCUGUUGGGCUUUGCUGCGUCUUCAGAAAGGUUUUCCCAUCUCUUUAAUUACAAGUUUUUGUUAUUUUGUUAUUAAAAUAUCUUUUUCGUCCUCAUUUGUUCUAUACAAAUCACAGAAAAUGAGAGCCAAAUCAGGAGAAGUUCCUCAAAAUGAGUACUCAUGUUUAUAGGAGAGCAUGGUGGGACUCUUCAGGGCCAACAGAUUGUUCUAGUAAAAGUUUUCUUUCCCCUUUUUAAUGGUUCUGGGGUUUCUAAUGGUCAGCCUGUGUUGCCAGAUUGAAGUCAUUAACUUUGACCCCCACAGGAGGGAUUUAAGAAGAGGCACGAGAAAGGAGAGAGUGGAGAUGGAGGCGGAGUCUCUCGUUUCCCGCAGAAAUUACGGUUGGUGAAAACUCCAGGGACAAGGUGACAUGCUUCCUCGCGGCCCCUGCUGGGGCAGCAGAGACGAAGGUCUUUCUGUACCUGUCUGCACGUGGCUGACGUCGUAAAUCUUAAGUGACAGGGUUCUCAUUUUCAGUGGAAAAGUAGGCUUCGUGUUAUUAAAAAUUCUGUGGUUUGGCUUUAAAAUCAAACAACUCCAUUUGCUCACAAGUGAAUUAGACAGGAUUUCUAGUUUUCUUUUAAUUAUUUGUGCCCUAGUGUUAUUCAUGGUUCACGCUGGCUUUCCCGGUCAUCAUCUCCGUGAUCUAGUGUCUGUCCUCCUCUCCUUGACUUUUCUCUGGGCAGCCUUCUCUAGGUUGCGCUGCUCUGUCCAGGAAAGUUGAAGAAGCAUGUAUAGAUGGGACUCCCAGUCUACCUGGAAGUCUGAGCAGGGGUAAUUAUACCCUCAAAAAUCUUUCCAGUUUGCCUCAGGGUAAAAGAGGUGAGGCAGACAGCUCAGCCUCACUAGAACUGAGCAGUUUGGGUCAGGAGAUGUUCCCACAGACUGAUGCAUGGGGUCAGAUGGGCUGGUCUUGGCAGCUGGCUUCAUCAGCCCCUGGUCUGCAUGAGCCGAUCAUAAUGUGAGGUUACCACCUCCAAUAGUUACUCAGACUUCUUGUGUAAAACUUUCAUCUAAACAUGUAUGUUUACAGUUGUGAUGGGCAAGAGCUUAUUUUUCUUAGAGGAAUAGGUUCUGUUUCACCUAGUAUUUCUGUUUUCUCUAGGCAAAUAGGUAUGAAAGUUUUUUGUUUUUUCUUUUUUGUUUUUCCCUAGAUGAAACCAGGAGAGAAUCACUAAUGGGGAAAAAAAAUGCUGUUGUGUAAAAUGAAAAUGUCACAGAGCAGAUCUCUUAGCCAGUCAUCAUAUAUGCAUAUACAUUCUCUUUUAGGAUGAUUUAAAUAUCCUUUUGGAUCUAAAAGAUUUUUUUAAAAACCUAAUGUGGCAUAUAAAUACAAGUGUGUGAAAAAUUUCACAUAUACUCUCUCUUAACAUUUCCCGUAAUUGCAAUGAAAUAAUUUUUAAAAAAAAAUUUUCGUGUCUGUCCUUCAAUUGUUUAUGGAGAUCUGACUUGAAUAAACAUCAUCUGGGAGCUUUUGGUUUCCACAGAUAAGCCCAGAUGCCCUCUUGAUGCUGCACGAAAUGGCUGGGGUUAGAGAAAGUCUUGAGAAGUGACAUGGGUGAUGGAGAGUGAUAGCUGCAUGAGGCAGCCUUGAUGUCAGAGUGCAUUCUCAUAAUGCAGUUUUCCUGUCUUUGUUGUUAUCUUACAGUUUUACUGGGAAAAUGAAUCACGAUGUUCUUUCAAAGAAGCGGUAAAAAAAAAAUCAAAUUUCACAGAAAAUGGAGCUCUGGCCUUUGGUUAAGCAUUCAUUGACUCUGCUUGUGCUCUUGGGCUCCCUUGCUUUCUCUUAAAACAGAAUCCUUUCUGCAGAGUUGCAUGGGUCGUGCUGCUAAGUCUUUCUCUGGUGGUUCACUGGUUUAGGGCUCCAGAGACUUCAGGGGGCUCCUGGCUCACGUGUGAAAUGGGGCAAAGGUUUAUGGAGGUUGAGAGUUUUUUUCCUUCCUCCGACCAGCUGAGGUUGUGGUGGUUCUGCUCCGGGAAGAGCGACAAGCAUGGGGAUGCCGGAGAAUGCCAGGAGGAACUGGGGGCUUGGAGGGAGCAGGGCAGGUGGGGGCUCCCUGGGUACACAGGGUUUGUGGCAGCUGACCUUGCCCUCUCUGAGGACGCGGUGGUGGCGGCGGUUCCACGUGAGCAGCUCUGUGUGAAGGAAAGCUGCCCUCCGCCCCACUUCUUUACCCAGCACAUCUCCUUCUGUCCUUGAUGUUUGUAAUCAGUGUGAUGGGGUGUAUGCAGGUGAAAGACAGACCCAUCCUUCCUCUCUCUAGAAGCAUUCAGCUGGCAUGUCGUGGGGAAGUGUGCCUUGGGGCAGGGCCCUGCUCUGCUGAGAGGAAGAGACUCCUGGGAUGGCCAGAGGAGGCCUCUGGAGGAGGAGCAGAAAGCUGUGCUGGACCAGGAAGGAAGGAGGUGGCCCCGUCCCGGAGAGAGUGGGACCAGAGUGAUUUGCUAUUUCUUCCCUAGUCGAAUGGGACAAAGGCAAGAACUGGAAGAAUGUUCAGGUGUGGGCAGUUUUUGGGAAUAGCAUUUCUUGGAAUUGGACUGUGGGCGUGGAAUGAAAAAGGAGUUCUGUCCAAUAUCUCUUCCAUCACCGAUCUCGGCGGCUUUGACCCGGUCUGGCUCUUCCUCGUGGUGGGAGGAGUGAUGUUCAUUUUGGGAUUCGCAGGGUGCAUUGGAGCGCUACGGGAAAACACGUUCCUUCUGAAGUUUUUUUCUGUGUUCCUGGGAAUUAUUUUCUUCCUGGAGCUCACUGCUGGGGUUCUGGCGUUUGUUUUCAAAGACUGGAUCAAAGACCAGCUGUAUUUCUUUAUAAACAACAACAUCAGAGCGUACAGAGAUGACAUUGAUUUGCAGAACCUCAUAGACUUCACGCAGGAAUAUUGGCAGUGCUGUGGGGCUUUUGGAGCUGAUGAUUGGAACCUAAAUAUUUACUUCAAUUGCACAGAUUCCAACGCAAGUCGAGAACGAUGCGGCGUGCCAUUCUCCUGCUGCACUAAAGACCCCGCGGAAGAUGUCAUCAACACUCAGUGUGGCUAUGAUGCCAGGCAAAAACCAGAAGUUGACCAGCAGAUUGUAAUCUACACGAAAGGCUGUGUGCCCCAGUUUGAGAAGUGGUUGCAGGACAAUUUAACCAUCGUGGCUGGUAUUUUCAUAGGGAUUGCAUUGCUACAGAUUUUUGGGAUCUGCCUGGCUCAGAAUUUGGUUAGCGAUAUCGAAGCUGUCAGGGCCAGCUGGUAGAGCCCUGCCUCACUGCUGUAUGACACUGGACGGACCCAGCCUUCCUGACCCUCCAGCGUGCCCAGCCACAUCCACGUUGCAAUCCCGCGGGAUGGAACUGCCGAGAACUUGGUUUGGGGCGGGUACAACUGGGAAAUGCUGCUCACUGACCGAAUUAAAAAGAUAACCAGUAUGAAAGUCGUUGCGCCGUGCAUCUCUGCUGUAUCCAUGAAUUUAUGGAUGGUUGGAUGCUUACCAAAAAAGAAAAAAAGGGAGGGUGAGGGACCCAGCUGUACUUGAAUUUGUGGAACACACAGUCUUGUUCUCUCCUUCAGUGGUUGGAGGGCUGGGACAGGCGGUUUUUGCUCUUUGUCAGACCUUGAAGGAACUUUCUGGUUAUGGCCUAAAGAAGUGCAUCUUUUCUAAAACUCAACCCCUAACCUGGGAGGGCAGUGGGGUUUUUUGUUUUGUUUUUUGUUUUUGUUUUUGCAUCCCUUCACCGUACAUUUCAGGGACCUGUUAAAACUAUCAUCCCAAGAAGAAAACAGCUUGUCUUUGGUUCAGAUGUUGUGAUCACAUUGAACAAGUCAUGUGGGUGGGCACGCCUGGUCCCUCCCGGUCCCUCCCGGAGUGUCUCUUUCAAGGGGACUUGUGUGUUUCAUGUGUAUGGAGUAAGGGCUUUGGAACACUUAAUGAUGCUGAAUUUUAACAGGACAGAUUGUUGUUCUCAGUAGGCCUGAGCUGUAUUUUCUAUGAACUUCAAGGAGAAAAUGAGGUUAAUGGAGAGGCAUUAACUAAUACCCCUCAGUCCAGCCCACCAAAUUAGUUGUUGAAUUCUUUGGAAACUGGAAUAUUAUACAUUUUGUUCUGCUUUUUUGUGUGUGUUUUUGUUUUUGUCUCCCAAAAGUGAGAGAGCUAGGAUACAGUUUCUCUUAAAGCAUUUUCUUACUCAGCUUGAAUAUUAAUUUUUUUGGUGUACUCUCCCUGCAUGAUCUGUGAAUCUGACUCUACCAGCUCCUCUUCCUGCCGUCUUUCCUACAAACAUUUAUAAAUGUUAUUUGGUCAGCAUUUAUUUCAUAAGUUCACCACCCUGAGCAGUGUGGCGUGUCCUCUGUGGCCAGGGAGGGUCCCGCCAGCUGGGCUGUUGCAAGUGCUUCUGUGGACUCCACGAUCCCUUUACCCUAUCAGUCUUUGCGGCCCUGUCUGCAGCCGCCCCCCCCCCCCCCCGCCUUUGGAUGGAAUUGAACCUAAUUCUGAAACAGUAUUGACACAAUCAGAAAUAUCCCAAUAUUUUUUUCUUUUUAUUCUGGUUUCAGUUUGCUUUUAUUAAAAGAAACAGUGCAUGGCCAGAGCUGCUUCUCUUCUCAUAGUGCAGACUAACUGUCAGGAUGGUAACAAAGCACAAAUACUUAGGAAGGCAGUGCAUUGAUGGGGCAAGUGUUCUGUGACCCAAGGUGGGAAGCCACUUCCAGGUGCUGCCACUCACCUGUCCCCACCGGCCUGGGGAGGGAUGAAUUUUGCCCUCCGAUUUGAACCCAGCUGGUUUCUGCCAGAGGUCCCUCUCCCGGGGAGCAGAUCAUAGCCUGUGGAAUGCUGGGAAAACCACAGGUGUCUUUUGCAGUGAUGACCCACUUGCCAACACAAAACUGGGCGUCCAGCGAGUAGGCUUUAUGGAAACUUAGCAAGGUUUUCUCUUUUAGCCCCAUGUUGCAUCACGGUGGCUGAUGAACAUGUUAAAUCUCCUCAGAGGAAGGACAAAGAUUCUUUGAAAAUUGUGUCCGGAGUGUGGGUGUGUGUACGACUGCAUGUGUGUUUUUGUGUCUCUGUACAGUUAGAGAUGUUCAUUCCAUAUCCCGGCUGGAAGAUGAUUCUGUGUCAUCUCGGCCUCCACGCAGUUGUCAUUCUGUAGUGUCAUUGCAACCUGGAGAAGACUUGAGCCCCGCGGUUGGCACUCCUGUCUCUUUUUAUUACCUCAUUCUCCAGUGAACUCCAUCUGACCAGUUGAUUCAGAAUCGGGCAAGAUGCCCUCCCUUUGGCACAUCUAGUGAAAGGCCAAUCGGCAAGUCCAAGUGAGUUCUAAAUUUUAAUUAAUCACCCUUUAUUUUUUACACUUGAGAGUGGUUGUAAUUAAGGCUGUCAUUAAUAAACUGGUUCUUCCUUA